UAGUUCAUUCCGUCAAGGAGCAAAGCCUCCAAGUGGAACACGUGCCUAUUUCUCUGCCUCUGUUGUCACCUUUACUCACCAAACACAAAGGUCAUCCGUAUGACAUGACACGACACCAACUCCAUCAAUUUAAUGUGCCAGAAACACUGGUAAAUGCAAAGCAUUAAAUCCGCAGACUCCUUUUGUCUCUCAGUAUGAUUGCCUAAUGUAGGAACAUCAGCUUCCUCUUCUCAUGUCACUGUGACAUUUCUAGUGUGUAUUCAGCACAUUAGUUCAAUUACCAAAUCAUGGCUAGUGUCAUUUUGUGUGUGUGUGUGUGUGUGUGUGUGUGUUUGUGUGUGAGUGUCUUUAUUUACGAAUGCGCUCCAUCAGCAUCGUGAAGGACAAACUGGACUAUCACGCCGUAAAAACUGCUGGCUUGUUCAGAUGUCCCUGUCAUGCACCGCAACCAGGACGAACUGCACGAGACUUCACAUGUGUUCCUUAUAUACCAGUUGCAACUAUGACUACUACAGUGAAACCUCCGCUAUGCACCAGGGAGAGCGACCGAACCCUGUCGCAAAUAAUGACAAUCCACAAAUAUGGUGGUGGACCCUCCACAUCCUUGCUUGUGAACCUGGCCGGCGUGGAUCUGACAGCAGAUGGCAAGUUAUGGCUCCAGAGGAGCGUACUUCCCACUCAGACGGUGUGGUUGAAGCUAAUUAGUCGACAAGACGACACGCUGCACUGUUUUGUGACUCUCAACAAGCAGGGGUCGUCAUGGCGCCGCUCAGUGAACGAACAGGCCCUGAGUCUGGGUCUCGCCCGCACUGCUCCGGUCACUGGCCUCUCGCCAGACACUCGCUUCUACUGGCGUCUGCACAAGCGGCUGCACAGGGCAGAGGUCAAAGCUGAGAAGAAGCGUUUGGGUCUGUGGAAGGAGGAGAGCCAAUGGAAGAGGGUCGUCAAGACUUUGCGGGACAAUGCAUUAUUCCGACUGAUACGGAGGAUCUUUCGGAAGACCUGAUGAGUAGAUACAACCUCUUUGUUUUGUUUUUCUUUUGUGAAUUAAUUUCCAUUUAAAGUAAAUACAAUCCAUGUCAAAUUUUGGUCGCAGUUAAUAAUGCCAGCGAAUGAGAAACAUCAAACAUUCAGUGCAAUGGUUGACUGAAUUAUCCAUUCAUCCAUUUUCUAAUCCGCUUAUCCUCACGAGGGUCGCGUGGCGUGCUGGAGCCCAUCCCAUCUGUCUUCGGGCAGUAGGCGGGGGACACCCUGAACUGGUUGCCAGCCAAUCGCAGGGCACACAUAAAUGAACAAUCAUUCGCACUCAGAAUCACAUCUAGGGACAAUUUAGACUGUCCCAAUAACCUGUCAUGCAUGUUUUUGGAAUGUGGGAGGAAAGCGGAGUACGCGGAGAAAACCCGCGCAGGCACGGCGAGAACAUGCAAACUCCACUGAGGAAGGCCGAAGCCGGAAUCGGAUCCUGCACCUGUGCACUGUGAGGUGGACGUGCUAACCAAUCUACCACCAUACCAUCCUUGAGGGAAUUAAUUAUUAACUUUUUGCACUUGGGGAUUCAGUAGCUUGCUCAAGGACACUUGGACAUGGUCGCAAUGGCCGGGGAUCAAAUCACCAAACUCUAGGUUGGAAAGCAACCACUCUGUGCAUUCAGACAUUUAGCUAACAUCAAAAUAAAGAAAAAGCCAAAAGGAACUUCUAGCAUUCUAUAAAAUUAUGCUUAUAAAAACAUAUAUACUGGUACGUAUACUGGUGCAAAUAAAAGAAUCCAGUUUAAA